AUGGCUCGAGACGACGACUAUGUUCUGGGACGAAGCAUUGCAGACUCUAUUCGAUUGGAUGCGCAGCAUCUACUUUGGAAGCUCCAUACGGGUUAUGAACUGCACCCUGCGAUUCCCAUUACUAGCGACAUGAAGAUAGCGGAGGUUGGAACAGGAACAGCUAUCUGGCUAUUUGACAUUGCAAGACAACUUCCACCUACCGUCCGCCUAUUCGGGUUUGAUAUAUCUGAUGGCCAAUUCCCACCAAAAAAGCUGUGGCCACAAAAUUUUUCCCUAGGCAUACUUGAUUCUUUAACGAAACCUCCUGCAUCACUUGCUGGUCAAUUUGAUGUGGUGCAUCUUAGGAUGUGGGCCAGUAACUUACGGGGAAAGGAUACAUCAAUUCUGAUCAGUCACUUCGUGAAUCCUACUGACGUGGUUGAAGAGCCUGGUGGGUUUAUUCAGUGGGAGGAAGCCGACCUGGUACAUCAGCUUGUGGAAGGCCCCAAGGCUCAAGAAUUCGAGCGGCGCAUCAAUGAACUAUUUGGAAAAGCAGGCCUCGACUAUAGCUGGGUAUCUGGCUUAGCUGAAAGCAUUCAGCAAGGCGAUUUUCGCAUCAUUGAAGCAGAGCGAAGCCAAUUCAAACAUGAGUUGGUACACUUAUGCACAAACACUUAUCUGAUGGCCCUUCGGGAAAUACUUCAGGGAAUCAAAGGAAUACUCGGGGACCAAAUCCUCCUUUCAGUUACGGAGUUAGAACUAAACCUCUAUCAUCUUACUUUGGAAAGGGCAAACGGCAUUAUCUAUAAUUGGUCACCAGUAUCUCUAUUGGCACAAAACAAGGAAUGA